GUGGCAGCGGCUCAGCGGGCAGGUCUUCGGGGGAAACCUUCGAGUGGUCCAGUGCCUCUCUCCGAAUUCAUGGACCAACCACUGCCCCAACGACCUGGUCCUUCGAAGCCCUCAAUGAUGGCAUCCUCAUCAUCGGUUUCUGCGUCGACAAGACUACGUCUCGCCCCGGACACAGUCUUGCAAGCGCGAGUUAUGUCGGGCGACUAUGAGGCGGCUCGCCUCGUUGGUCUUCUUCCCACUAAAGUGGCUGGUGAGCACGUGGCUCUAGUGACCUACCUCGAAAGUGAAGAACAGGAGGAGGUCCCCAUUAGCAUGCUUCGCACUAUGGACAAUGCUGAGGUGACGGCAGACAUGCUUCCCGUUGUUUACACUUCCACUCCCAGCCGCGCAGAGGCACUCAGUAGCGGUGGCGGUGGCGGUGGCGGUGGCGGUGGCGGUGGCGUUAUCAGAGGCGGAAGGGGAGGAAGAAGAGGAGCUCCUCCAACUCGUUUUCGAGGUGGUGGACGUGGUCGUGGCAGUAUCACGCAUCGCAACCCUCGUGGUCGUGGAUUUUAUCGACGAUAG